AUGUACGCUGGUAGAUACGCUGGCUCUAGAUACGCUGGCUCUGGCUCUGGCACAGUCACCCCGUUAUCGUCUGGCACUGGCACUGGCACUGGCAAAUGGCACUGGCAAUGGCAAAUAGCACUGGCAAUGGCAAAUAGCACUGGCAAUGGCAAAUGGCACUGGCAAUGGCAAAUGGCACUGGCAAUGGCAAAUGGCACUGGCAAUGGCAAAUGGCACUGGCAAUAG